AUGGAUGUGGAGAAAGCUGCAUCCAAGGGGCAUGGCUUCUUCGGCCUCUUUGAUUGGAGCAAGAGCAAGAAGUCCAAGCGGCGGCUCUUCAGUGGAGGCGGGGGAUAUUCGCCGUCCCAGGGGAAUUCAGUAGAUGGGAAGGAAGUUGACGGCAGCAUGCCGAGUACGCCAUCAAACUCGAUCCUUGAAGAUGGGAUGAGUAUGAAGGAAAGCAGCGAGCAUAGCUGUUCAUCCUCUGUAAUCGACGACGAAGCUUGUGCGAGGACGGGACCCACUGUUGUGGCGAGGCUUAUGGGUUUGGACUCCAUGCCUGCGGCAAGCUCAUCUGGACCCUACCCGGUCCCUUUUACCGGGCAACAUACCUUCCAAACUAUUGCCCAUGAUGAGUUGAUUGGCAGAAGCUAUGUUGGCCUUUCUAGCCCUCAUAAGAUGCCGAGUAGUCCCAUUGAUCGGUUUAGAAUGGAAGCGCUGCCUCCAAGGUUUGCCAAAAGGACACUUUCAGUUGCACAGCAUAAGUUGUUCUCCCCAGUGAAGAAUCCUAAUCAUGUAUCAAGCAGAAAUGCUGCUGAUAUAAUGGAGGCGGCAUCUAGGAUUAUUGGGCCUGGAGCUGAGAAUACUAGCUCUUACAGAGUCCGUGAUGCUGGGUACUCAAAUGAUGUGCGUGCCUUCAGCCCAACGGAGAUUGUAAGAGUCCAGCAAAUGUCCCAAGCGGCAAGAAGGCGUGAUGGCUCUGCAUCUUCUAAGCCACAGAGUGGAAGAUCGUUGGAUGGAAGUUUGGUAACUUCAGAGACAUCCUCUUCUGCCAGGUUCUCACAGUCAAAUGGUGGUGCUCCAGUUGCUCCAAGGGUCAAGGCCGUCAGUCGACCAUCGUCAGAAUUUAGAGCUACAAAUGGCCAAGGGAGAGAAGGUGUAAGCAGAAGCAGUAGGAAACCUCCAACUCGCACGGAUCCUGUACAUAACAUGGUUGAGAGAAACGGGUCCAGUCAACAAAGGCAGAAGAUUAGUAGCAGAGUGGGCAUGGCAAGUUCUUCCAACGUGCUUGUGCAAAAUAACACAAAGCAGAAUGCUAUGGGUGUUGAGCGCAAGCUGAAUCCCAAGUCAGCAACACACAGUCAACAACAAAGAAACCUGCAUCCACCAAAUGCUGCUCCCAGAAAGGCUGGGGUCACAAGCGCACGCUCUGAAAACACUAUGAAAGGCAACAGAAAGGGGGAAUUGCAGCCAACCAACUAUGCAAACAGAAGACCAAACUCUACAGCCAAAACAAUCCCCAAGCCGAGAAGAUUACCAGAUGAGGGCAUGCGUUCAAAGAAAAACCAGCCAAGUGAUAAAGUUCUCACUGAAAGAAGCCCAAGGCGUGUUCGGCACAAUAUUGUGAUAGAGGAGCAAUCAUCUUUCACCACGAACAAAAAGAAAAUCAGCACUGAGAUUGUUUCGUUCACAUUUACCUCACCAGUUGACAAAUCAUUACAUGGUUCUCAGUUUCCCCAUUCAGUGGAAAAACGGUCAAUAGAGAAUUGGAACUCAGUGUCAACUUCAAGCAACACAUCAAACACUGAAUCAGAUACCAUAGAUGGUGAUUAUUUGAGACUUCUUCUUGAGCAGAAGUUGAGAGAAUUGACUUCUGGGGUGAGGUCACCCUAUUCUAAGCCAGCCAAUGGUGUUCGAAUAUACGCCCCUUCACCAGGUUUGGAUGACACGGCAUCAGCCUGUGACACAUCCAGCAUUGCAUCUACUGAUUAUGAUAGGGACUCCAUACAGUCUUCAAAGGAUGGAAAAGACAAAUUCCCCCGGACAGAUCUUGUAUUAAAAGAUGAUCAGUCAUCUCAAUCUGUGAAGUAUGAUAAUGGUUUCAUUGAUCAAGUGGAGUUAGAGCAUCUUCACCUAAGCCCCCAUUCUACAUGGGAAGCUUCUCUUUCAACAGAAACCUGCAGCUCUGCAGAGAGCCGAACAAAUGCAAAUGAAUCAAGGUUAUUUAGUUCAACAGAAGGAGCAGCAACAUCUGGUUCGACACACUAUGGUAGGGUCCUAGAAGUGGAGGCUUUAUCAGAAUAUUCUGAUACAGCCUCAUCAAUCACAGCGACUUUAGCCGAAACAACACAUCCAUCAGAAAGCAGCAGCUCAUGUCGUAUGGAGAUAAAGUUCUUAAGAGAAAUACUGAAUGCUAUUUCUGUCAGAGAUAAUGCUUGCUCUUACUUCGAGCGAUUUGAUAGCUCAAAUAUCCUGGAUCCACAUCUGUUUGAAGAACUAAAUGGCAAUUUUAGGCUGCCAGUGGGUGAAGAAGAGGGAAAAUCUUUCGGAAUGAUUCGGAGGCUGCUCUUUGACUGUGUGAAUGAAGUAUUAAGCGUGAAAUGCACAUACUACUUCAAUGCUGGUUACAGCUCAUGGUUUACGGGGAUGGCAGUUCUGCAGAAGCUCUCGCCGGAAGAAAUCUACCAAGAGAUGACCAGUCUGAAGGUUGCCGAGGAGUGGAUGGUGGAUGAACUCGUGUACAAAGAAAUGAGUGGCCCUCUCGGGAGCUGGGUCGACUUCAAGACGGAGUCACAUGAAGCUGCAAAAGACAUAACAGCAGAGUUGCUAGAAUCCUUGACCGAUGAAAUGAACUACAACAGGGGCCCUGACCUGCCCACCAUUUGA